AUGGAUCUGAUGAGCGAUAUCUCCUAUAUCAUCCGGAAACUUGGCCAUCAGCGAACGCUCUCUGAUGCUGAAUUAAGGAGAGCUUCGGAUAAAUUGGCUUAUCUGACGGAAGCCGGUUUGAACGUGGAAUGGUUGCGGCCAAAUCUCGAGGUGAAGAAACGUGAAGCUUACUUAGAGAGGAAGAAACGCGAUGCUUAUGAAGCUCGGAUGGCUUACUUUGAGAGGAAGAAACGUGAUGCUUGUGAAGCUCGGAUCGUGGAACUCAAACAAGAGGUCAAGAAACUUGAGCUUGCCAAGUCUGGUCUCAAAGCUGAGUUGAAAAUCUAG